AUGAAGCUUUUAUCCUCUGUUUGCCACGCUAGAACCUCUCAACCGGCACGACAGGGCUUUGCAGCAGCUGCAGUAGCGAGAGGGAGACCGGUGGGUGCUAGAGUUCUAAGACCUGCUCACAGCGGACAGCAAGCUGGUCAGCGACCACGGCCAGAUGGCACUGGACCUUGGGGGAAAGACCGUCCGCCCCGCCCCACCCCACGGAGAGGAAGAAGUGAAUGCUCAAAUGACCCCUCUUCUGCUGAGACCCCUCUUGCUGCAGAACCAGAGGCCACCCCACAGACUGUCUUAUUUCAACCAUUUUCUACUCCAAGUCCUGUGACAGUGAAGGAACAAAGGUCAGAGGAAUUUCUUUCGGAUGGAGAACUGCCGAGCACAACGCCACUGCCUAUUGCUGCUUCUCCUCGUGCAGCCCGCACUGGACCUAUUAAGACAGGAGGUCGAGUCUUUGUGUUGGACCAUAACAGAUGGCCAGAGCCAAUGAGAAAUGCCAUUGAUGGUUUGCUGGCCAAGCACCAUGGGAGCAAGGAUCUCCUUAAAAAGGUGGAUGCAGAAUAUGCUGCUAUGGUACAGAGUGCCUGCACUGACCCCAACAGCCUUCUACACCCAACCACAAAGCAGCACAUAAGCAGGUACAUAAAACACCUUGCUAAAAAGAAGAACACAAAUGCCUCUCUCAACACCAGCCCAGAAAAGCUUCUUGAGACACAGCAGUUAUGGCAGCGUCUUCACUCAGGAGGCGAAACCAUUAGUGUUCCAGUGAAAACACUGCCACCUGCCCCAUUUAAUCCACCAGCAAAGAGCGUUCCUGAGGCUGUCCCCCUGGACAAGGCAAUGCUUGAGAAGAUGGUAAAGGACAUUGUAGAGAAGCAGCAGGCAGUACAGCAUCAACAACAACAACAGCAGCAGAUCCAAAAAACGCUAACUAGAUCUUGUUUAGUGUGGCCACACUGUAAAAAAUUAGAGGUAAAAUAA